GCCCUGAAACGAGGUCUGAGAAGGGGUGCAUCCUGGCUUUACCCCUUUUCAUCACUCAGGUACAUUGCAUGCACCUGAGCCCCACUGGGUUGGCCCUGCCUUCCCACCAGGUGCUCAAUCACUGCUUCAGGCCGUGACUCAGCAUUUCUGCUACAUACUUGUUCAUCUUACAGACAACACACUGGAACUUAUGUCCUAAUUGCAAUCACAAUUUUUUCAAAAUUAAUAUACACUUUAUCUUUGAUCCUCAGUCUUACUUGCCUUGGGAUCUAGCACCAGCUGUUUGGAAAUGUGACUUUUGGGUUGUUUCUAUUCCAGAUUAUCACUGAAAUCCCUGUGACUCUUAUAUCAACUUAUUAAAACAUCCCUUUCCUUUUUUUUUUUCUCCUGACAGCUCCUGCUAAAUGCAACAGUUUUUGCCAGAAUGUCUCCCAGUCAGAAAUCCAGCCUUGUAGAGGAGUUUCAAAAGCUGGAUUACUUUGUGGGCAUGUGUGGAGAUGGAGCCAAUGACUGUGGGGCUUUGAAAGUGGCACAUGCAGGGAUAUCAUUGUCAGAGCAGGAGGCAUCGGUGGCUUCACCUUUCACAUCCCAAACCCCCAGCAUAGCGUGUGUGCCAGAGCUCAUCAGGGAAGGCCGUGCUGCCCUGGUCACUUCCUUCUGCAUGUUCAAGUACAUGGCUCUGUAUAGCACCAUUCAGUACCUUGGUGUUCUCCUACUGUACUGGCAACUAAACUCCUUUGGGAAUUACCAAUUUUUGUUUCAAGAUCUGGCUAUUACCACUGUAAUUGGUAUGACAAUGAGUUUCACAGAAGCCUACCCAAAACUGGUUCCCUACAGGCCUCCUAGCCAACUCAUCUCACCUCCCUUGCUGCUCUCCGUCAUACUUAACAUCCUCUUCAGCCUCGGCAUGCAGAUUUUUGGAUUUCUAAUGGUCCAGAAGCAGCCCUGGUAUUCCAAGACUGAUAUACACAGUGCCUGCCUCUCAGUGAACAGCCAGAUGGAGAAUUCUUCCUCUGCCUCCAGACUUGUCCUCCAUGAUGUGAGAGAUGGAGACCCUACAGAAGUGGACAAUGGCUACAAGAGCUAUGAAAACACCACAGUGUGGCUGCUAAGUACGAUCAACUGCCUCAUCAUAGCACUGGUGUUUUCCAAGGGAAGGCCUUUUAGGCAACCCAUCUACACCAACUAUGUGUUCGUACUCGUGCUUGUAGGGCAACUGGGUGUUUGCCUCUUUCUGGUGUUUGCUGAUAUUGAUGAUCUCUACUCUAAGAUGGAUCUGGUUUGCACCCCCACCACGUGGCGGAUCUCCAUGGUGAUGAUGCUGGCAGUCACACUGGCUGUGUCCUUUCUUGUUGAGGAAGCCAUCAUUGAGAACAAAGCCCUAUGGCUGCUGCUGAAGAUGACUUUUCAGUACCACUCCAAGAGCCGUUAUAAGAGGCUUCAGCAGGUGUUAGAACAGGACUCAGCCUGGCCACCUCUGAAUGAAACCUUUUUCUCAGAUUCUGUGGCAGUAUCAGUAGAAGAAGAUAUGGGAGGCCAUACCAAUCCAACAUUUGACAGCAAUGAGGAUGCACUAUGAAGGAGAAUGCAGUGGAAAGACGUUGAGGAUAGUUGCAGUUGGCUGUAGAAGGACUAUCUCAGAGACAUAAAAACAAAAGGACUGACCCAUCACUACCCCCCAUUCUAAUCCUAACGGGAUCUGGCUCAUUUUCCAGUUAACCAGAAGCAGAAAAGCUGGCUGCAGUAGCAGAAUUCUGUAAUGCUGUUUUUCCUCUCCCCUCAACCUCAUAGAAAUGGCUGACAGUGCAAAUGGACCAGCCUGGUGAAAGCUCACAAAGUGCUUGUGGUUGAAAUGCCAUUGCUGCAUCCUUUUGAGCUGCAUUGUGUAGUGAUGCUUCCAGUGAUGCUUCACUCAUUGUGAAGAAUUUCUUCUGAAGUACGCAAAUGCAACACAUUGAGUAUUUCUGCUAAGUUCAUCUAUUCAAAAAAGCAGCUUUAAUGAGCAUGUGUUUUCUUACUCUUAUUCUGAUGCUAGGCUGACUUUCCGCUCACCAUGUUUUGCAAGUCUGCCCACGGGGGGUACAACAAAACAGCGUGGCCUCAGACCAAGGGGAACACUUCGUCCUUUGGGAAAGGUGUGUGUGGGCGUUGUCCCCUCUGAGCUGAGUGCACAAUUUGUUAUUUAAAGAAGUAGCUUGCCCAUGCAUUUCCUGGGCAGGGCUGAGGAAUGCUUUCUGAGAACUUCAGCAUUGGAGACUGUGUGUUCCUAAAAUUCAGUGCUAAACCACUCUUGCAUUGACACAGAAAUCCAGAGAUUGAGGCAGGCUAGGAGUCAUGGUAAAGAAUCCUUUGGUCUUUCAGAGUACAAAGCAGCUCUGGAAAACCAAAAGCAGUCACUGGAGACUGCAUUGUUUUGAUUCAACAAGUCUGUAUCAGAACUGUCUUUGAAAAGAGAUUAGCUUGAAUAAAAAAAUAACUAUUUUUCUAAAAAGAAUCACUUAUUUGGAUCAACAUAUUUUUUCACCCAUUUUAGAUAACUUCAACACAAACAUUAAAUACCUUCCCAUCUAUUGCAAUUUAGGUGACAGGACCACACAACAUCCAAACUGGAAAUAGUUCACAUUUGUUCAUGAAUCUCUCUCUGAAGUUAAGAUGAAUUACCAGUUUGCAACAAUAUCCAUUGUCAGAUGAAGGUGAGAGGUUUUAUCUCUUGUCCUGUGCAAUGCAUGCAACUUCAGGAGAAACCAUGAGUAGGUUAGUGGUGUCAUUCCUGCCAUCCUCUGUUUGGGAUGCAGUAACAAUUUCCUUGGAGACCAAAUUCACUGCCUCAUUUACAAGCUCCUGCACACAAGAAAUGUUGCUGUAUGUAACAAACUGGCAGCUGCUGCAGUUUGCAGACUAGGCAUAUAAUUUAUGUUUAUGUCACAAUUGGGAAUGGCAUAGAAGUGUCAGCUCUUUGUAAACGUGUGGUUCUUGUAGAGUUGACAAGAUAAAGACCUACUUGCCUACUAAGGCUGAAAGACAGCUUUACCUGAAG